UGCGCAGAACAAUUUUCCCACUUUGGCUACGUUUCUCCCUUUUGGCCUGACGUCAUUACAGGCGGCUCGUAAAUGUUUCCUAAAAACUACAAAUCCCAGCAGCUUCUGAUAAAGGUUCUUUCCCAAUAGCGGCUGAAUUGGUGCAAAGCUCAUUUCUCCCAUUCUUUUUCUUUAGUGAGAGUUUGUGACGCUUGGAAUUCAUAUUCUCACGUGUGAGCAGCUGUUCAGCUUCACCCUCGGGCUCUCUGCGUAUGAAAGGAGAGGCUGUGGUGCAUAAUGCCAGGAAGUGGAGAAGUUAUGAAGCACCUUAAUGUUUGAAACGGCUUCACGGCCUGCUCGCUGCAAGGUGGUUCUAAAAUUUUUCAUCAAGGUGGAAAGCCAGAUUCCAUAGACAAUGAGCCAUAAUGGAUCCCAGCAGUGAUUACCACUUGCUCAGUGAUGUUCUGGGAAAAACAGUUAAAAUCACACUGAAAUGUGGUAUAUUCCAGGGAGUGCUGCAACAUGUGGAUUCCAACCAAAGUAUCUUUAUAAACAGAGUUAAGAACUUGGAAAAUGGCAGAUGUAUUCCAGGAGUAAAGAUGUUUUUUGGUCAUGAAAUUGUGAAUGUGCAGUUGCUUGAUGAAUCAAAGAAAUGUGAUGCAGAAGGAAUGGAAACUCCUACCAGCAGAGAAAAUCCAGCUACUAGAAUGGCUGCUGACAGAGAAGAACCACUGAAAGAGAACAUUCAGGGAUCUAAUGCUGCUUCCCAAGAGAUGAAGCAGCUCAGUCUAUGUCACUUUAAAUCUACCUGUUCAGAUGAAGACACAGAGGAGGCUAUAGAAUACAUUGUAAUUGAUCAGUUCCAAAGGAAAUUUGGUUCUGCUAUGAUGCACAUCAAAAAGCAAAAUGUUUGUGCUAUAGCAGCAGAGGGUGUCAGUCUGUGCCGUCAUGGAAAACUGUCUUGGCUGCAGGUAGCAACAAAGAGCCAUGUUUUUUUAUUUGACAUUUUCCUCCUGGGACCUCAAGUGUUUAAGAACGGCCUCCAAAUGAUACUGGAAGACAGGAACAUUUUGAAAGUUAUUCAUGACUGCCGGUGGCUUUCUGAUUGCCUUUCUCAUCAGUAUGGAAUUAUGCUGUCCAAUGUCUUUGAUACACAGGUUGCUGAUGUCUUGUACUUUUCAAUGGAAACGGGUGGUUUCCUUCCACACUGUAUUUGCACUCUACAAGAAUGCUUGAUGCAUCACCUGGGACUGCCUUACAAACAAGUUUCUUUUAUGGCACAAAGGCAGCAUGCAGUUGAGAGAAACCCUGAGGUGUGGUUUGUAAGACCCCUUCCACCUGCAUUGCUGAGUGUGUUGGCUCUGGAAACAUUUUACCUUCUUCCUCUUCGUAUGAUGCUCCUGGAUGAAAUUAUGUCUGAUCUAACAGCUUUGGUUGAUGGAUACCUAAACGCAUUUCGAGAAGGGUCUGCAGACCCACUAGGGAGCACAGAGUUCUCUUGCACAGAGCUACCACAAGAGUUACGGCAGUUGGCAGAUUUCCAGAAGCUACGAAGAGAAAAGGCUUUGCAGACGUUUCAGCAGAAUGAAGAAGGCCUCCUCAUCAGAAAACAAAUGGGGACUAUGGAAAGAAUGACAGCAAGAAAGGAAGCAAACCAAAGAGAGAGCACUGGCUUAAUUCCUUCAAAUAGGGCUGCAUAUCUUACCACAUCCAGUGUCAGCCCUGUCCAUUUCUUGGGUCCAGUUGGUCAGGACAACUCUGUAAAAGAAAAGUGGAAGAAAAAUAACUGGGAUAGUCAUAGCACAACAGCUGGGGAUAGUAAUGUCAGCUCUGAAAUAGAAACAAUGUAUUCUGUCAGCUGUGAGCAAUUCCAGAGGCAAUGUUGUAAAUCUGUGUCAGAAGAAAUUGAGGCAAGGGAAAAAGAAUAGUCUACAAAAUUCAAUCUACAAAGAAAGGCUGAUGAGAUUUUAAAAGAGGAAACCAAACCAUCAAGAGACUCAAGGAUGAAGAUAUACCAAAUGGUGCAGUUUCUGCCUCUUUGUUUCAGAAAGUGAAUAGUUCUCAGAUUUCAUUUCAAGGUGGAAGAUUCCCCUCACCUUCUGUAGAACAAUUUCACCAAGCGCCAUCAAACACAGCACAGAGUCAGAACCUCCCGCUCCUCAAGUAACUCGAGGCUGUACUUUGGAGCCUCUCACAGGACUGAAAGGAAAGGCAGGUAACAUGGUGAUUAAUUUUUCCUUACCAUCAGAAUUUAGCUGCCAUGUCCCUGGCCCAAGUCUAGUAGGAAAAUAGUUCCUGCUAUUUUUGUCAUCAUUUAUGGAUUGUGAACCGUAUUUCAAUACUUUCUUUAUCAGAACAAAGAUCCUGAAGUGGGAGUGGGGUCAUGGCUGCUGUGCACAGUUUUCUUAUACAAAUGUGAUGGGUGUUACUGGUUUGUUGGAAGUUUUAGUUGGGUAGCAAAGUGCUCAAAGGCCUAUAAUACAGCAUAGCCAUAUGGUCAGUUUGUGCUAGCAGUGAACAGUGUUACACAUGGAACUUCUUUAUCUUUGUAAAACUAAUUAGUUCUUUAUUAUAAGGAACUCCAUUCUAGACAGGAUAAAAUAGAUGAAGAUUCCUAAUAUAUUCUAACUAGCUAAGAUAGAGAUAGAGAAGGCAUGUCCUGCUCACAUGGUGCCAAGAUGCAGAAGGGCAGAGUGAUGUGGAGAGAAAGUCUUAAAAGCAGAAGGAAGUUUCCUGAAGUAUAGCAAUCUACACAUCAAAGGGGUAGCAACAGAGAGUAGUAAAAGGAAAGGUGAUCAGUGUUCCCCCCGCAAGUCUGAGGCUAAUAAGAGACAGCAUAAAAGUCCUUCGCUUCCAACAGUUGUACUACUGUGGACUGAGAUCUAUUUUCAAAUCAUUCCAACGAGCCUCUAGUCUUUGAUAAUAGAAUAUUCCUGAAUGCUCAAUGAAGACUAAAGUUUGUGGUGUUUCAGUAAUGUUAAUUGUAUGAAAGGCAAAAGUUCUGAACCCUUGGUUAGUUGGUGGUGGCAUGUUAGAUGCAUUAUUUUUUAUAAUCUUGGAAGUACAAUCACUCAGUUAUCAAAAUAUUUUACUUAUUUGGGAGGCUGUAAAUUAACCACAGAGUGGCUGCUUUUUCUUGCACAAUAUUUUCUGUAUUUGGAACAGGAAUGUUUUCCAUUCUGGACUCCGAAAUUGCCUCUAGGGCAAAGAAGCAAUUUAUUUCUUGAUGGACCCAUAAAUAACAAUAUUAUUUCUACAGCAUAUUCUUAUAUAAAGGGAGUUGUAAGUUACAUUUUGUAGAGAAACAUUUACAACUCUGUCCUCGUCAUCUUUACUCCAAAGGAAGUUUAAUUGAUCUCAAUAGGACAUAUGUCUAAAUAUGUAGGUUUAGAGCUAUAGCCUUAAUUAUAUUAAAUAUAAAGUUUUUCAUUUGUCUUUUCAAAACAAGUGUGAGCCACACUAUUGGAAUUCAGUCUUGAUCAACUGUGUUCUAAAUUUCAAAAAAUAACUUUGUAUACCUUAAUUUUAACAUGUAUGAAGGCCUAUGAACAAAAGUGGAAAUCUUAAAUACACUUUGGAAGUACUUCCUAAUGAAGAAUACAGGAAUUACUUUGAAAUGAGAUUUCAAAAUCAAAGAGCAAAGCAUUCUUUAUUUGAACAAGUCCACUUAUUUUUAAACGCAGUUAAUUGUAUUUUAGUUCAUUAUUUUAAAUAUUCUCUUUAAAGGGCUGCAAUGCUUUAUGCUUAAAAUUAUUAAAAUUCUUUGUCACAUAGAAAAA